UGUAUGUGUAUUCAUACUCGGCCACUCCAUCACCUCAUCACUCAAUCACCUCAUCACUCAAUCACUCAGUCAUUUCACAUAUAUUCAGUUCCAGUCUAGCUAUGUAUGACAUGGCAUGGCAUGGCAUGGAACUGAGUAUUCAGUUCCCCAAAAAAACAAAAACAUCCCCGAAACCAUACCAAGACCCAAACCGCCCCCCCUCAAGACCAGUGGGGAGAGAGGGGAGAGGGGAGAGGAAUGAGCACAUGAUGGAAAACCUCAAAAAGAAAAAAAGAAGGGACCAAAAAACGCUUACUACUCCUACCAGCACUACUACUCCUACUACUACUACUACUACUACAAGUACAUACAGCAGGAGAGCCCGAGAGGAGGUCAACUUCAAAGAACGCUAUCAAGGGAGCGAGAGGGAGAGAGAGAGAGAGGGUUUCGAGAGAUUGGCGGGGGGGAGGGGGAAAGCUGACUGAUCGAGGGAGAGACAGGUUUGUUGGGUGUGUGGGUGGGAU